UCAUGCUGUAAAAACGUUGCUCACUGUAGUAGGCCCUGGGCACGAGAGUUUGAACUUUAAAGUUUGUUUGGUUUCAUUUUGAAAGUACCAUCUGAGAAGCCAAAAAAGUCAUCUUUUUGAAGUCUUUAAAUUUAUUUACUGCUAUAAAAUGGACAGUGACGGGUUGCCCAUCAUGGGUCCCGCCAUUGAUUUGACGAAGGUUGGAUCAAUUCAACAAAAGAGAAUUGUGGCAUUCAUCAAUCAUUUUGUUGCCCAUACUGUAAAUUUUCUUAAUAGAUUUUCGUGUGUCUGUGAAGAGAAAUUGUCUGAUUUAUCAAACCGACUUCAGAGAGUUGAUGUAACUAUGAGCAUUUUGGAGGCAAAGCUAUCCUCAAUCCCUGGACUUGAAAAUGUAACAGCUCCAGAAUCAUCAACUCCAACUGCUGAUGACACAUCUGAACAUGUUGUGCCAGAGUCAACUGCCUCACCAGCUCAACCUACUGCCUCACCAGCUCAACCUACAGCCUCAGACUCUAAUAAUACACCUUCGGUCAGCGAGGAGUUGUCACCUCCAGUUGAAGAAGAACCAGCACAACCAGUUAUGACUGUUUCGAAGGAUCCACGCUAUGCAAAAUUCUUUCAAAUGUUGAAAGUGGGUGUGCCUUUGGCAGCUUUGAGACCCAAGAUAUUAUCUGAAGGAUUGGAUCCUGAUCUUCUUCAGACCCCAGAUGCACCUGCACCAGGUGGGCAGAUAUCCACAAAUACCGAUGAUGAUGAUGAUGACAGCUCUAGCGCAUCGUCCUUCAGCGAUGAUUGACUUGAAUGAAUGAAUUGAAGAUAAAAGGAUAAUUGUGUUUAAAUAUCUUAGUGAUUUUUGAGUGUAAACGAAGUGAAAAAAAGACGUAAGAGUAAAGUGAAGAGUGACAUUGAAGAAGACUAAGGAUGCCGAAACGUCAUUGAACACAAACAUUCCUCUCCAGGACUGCACUAACCUCGACAAUCUACAUCAACAAACAUAAACAUUCGCAUUCUUAGUCACACAUCUUUCUAGACGUGUAACUGGACACAUUGUUUGACGAUUUCUACGAAUUGCUUCUUUAAAAUACGCUAUAUACGUGUACGAAUAUCCUAUAUGCUGGCACUCCUCGAUUUUUUACGUUGUACCUGGACAUCAGGAAGAAGAGUUUCAAAUCCAUUUUCCAACGAUUGUAGACUGUCGUAGUUUUGAUCGGUCUUGGGUAGAAAUGGCUCCUCGGGUUUCGUCGGUUUGUGAGAUUCGUGAGCGGGUCCAUUGGUCCAGGCAUCCCGUACCAUUUUUGUGACUUUGGAAAACGCGCCCAAACCUUCGACGUAUGCAUUACCUAGGAAACGCUGUGAGACGGAACAUCGUCAAUUGCCAGGAGUAAAUAUUCGGACGACGUACACGAAAAUACCUACGGUGAACAUGUCCGUUGUGUCCGAGCCAAACAAGUCAAGGUGGUUCAAUGACUUCUGUAGCGCGUGGUUAUGCUCGUUACAAACUAUGAAUAACCUGGGAUUGUUUGACGACCUGGGGACAAAGUUUCCAAUGUUAUGUUUAAGAGAGGAAGACUGACAUGGAACAGUGCGGUACGAUUGGGGUCUUUGUGGUACAUGAUUUGAGUUAGACCACCUUACUAUUUCUCAACUUACUUUGUAAGCCAGACGUAUCUGUGCAGAUGUUGAAUAAACUUAGCUGUGCCGCCACUGUGAAAAUGCAACGCUGGUAGAGUUGUGCCGUCCUUCAAGACGAACACCAAGAAAUGCCAAUGAAAUUUGGAGUCAGAACGACGUAUUGAAUGCAGGUCGGUCGUUGCAAAAGAUAACGUGUAUUUUUUGAUGACAUUUUGAGCAUGUUGAUUCUCUGGUUGCUGCGUAUUACCUGGUGAAGAAAGAAAGCGACUAUGAUAUGGGGGAAAAUAUUCCGUUAGUAUGAAAAUAUAACACGGUUUUAAUAUAUACAUUUUUAUACACUUAAUUUUUCAUAAUUAUAAAGAAAAGAAAGAUUGCCACUAUACGCAAGAAAACAAUCAACUUCAAACAGGGUGUUGAGGAGUUUUAUUCACAUGAAAUCAACCCUGGUGUAGGCUAAAUAUAUAUACAUGAACCUCAAACUUGGCAUCUGGUCAAUAAAAUGCCAAGUGCCCACUGACUGUAUCACUGAAGCUCAGUUAUACAGCUGUGUGGGAUGAGAUGGGAAUUAUACCUACUAUCAGCAUCUGUCGUAGAACGGGAGACGACACUCCAUUCAGCAUCGUUGUUUAUAUGAUAGUCAUCAAACACAGCUUCAGGGGAAACUGGUAGCCAAUUCACAUGACUUGAAUCGUCCUCAAUGGAUGAAAGAAAAGUCGUGCUGCAAAUAUGACUGGUAAGGUACUGUUAAUAAGUAACUUGGAACGCAAAAUAUCAUGGUUGUAGGAAAUGUUCUGUGGAUGAUGCUAACCGUAAGGAAUUCAAUUGUGCAAACGUUGAUUUUGGUUGUUGUGAAAUGAGGCCUUUUAGGCCGACGUUCUUCGUAAAGAGACUUGAACAUGUGACAAAAAUGCUUAUAGACAAGUAGAGUAUUGCGUAGAGAUGAGGCGUAUAAAAGAGUCUUUCAAAAUUAUUAAAAUUUUUGCAGUCGCGUGACGUGUGGUUAGAAAA